AUGGUUAGUGACUGCGACAAGUUCUACCUGAUCCCCCAGGACUCGGGUUGCCAAGCUGCCGCCAACAAGAACGGCAUAACCCUCGCCGACUUCAUCAACGCCUCCUACGGCGGUCUCUGGGCUAAUACGUACGCCGGUGUGUCUAUCAUCGGUUACGAGCCGACUCUCGUUCAGCCCGGAAACGGUGUCGCUACCCCUUCUCCUAUCCAGAGUAGUAUGGUAACCAAUCACGACACCUUCCACUUUGUCCGAAGCGAUGAAUCAUGCCGUAUCAUUGCCGACAAGUUUGGUAUCACUGUCGCUAACUUUGUGGCAUGGAACUCUGCGGUCGGAUCCAGCUGCGCGGGUCUUUGGGCAAACACUUACGCUUGCAUCACCGUUUUAUAA